AACCACACUCAGCAAGUCCAUGUGCCUGUUUCUCCUGUUGUUUUGUUUACUAGGGUCUCGGUUUGGGACGACAAGAUAUUUCUCAGACACUUCUUCCAGGAGCAGCCUUCUGUGAGACUUGCCUCUUCCACAGCAGUCCCAACAUCAACAAAGAUGAUGAAACACUUGUUGACAUGGACCUCUGUCCUGGGCUCACUUGCUGCUGCUGAGCAGCCGUCGGCUCCAAAGCCCGUGGCAGCACCCAUGAGGGACUUGCCAUGGGGCCAGUUAAACUUCUUGCAAACCACCGAUACUCAUGGCUGGCAUGCAGGGCACCUUCAAGAACCACAAUACUCAGCCGACUGGGGCGACUAUAUCUCUUUCGCGGACCGGAUGCGUAGGAAGGCAGACGAUAUGGGAGUUGAUGUUCUUCUUAUCGAUACAGGCGAUCGGAUAGAAGGAAACGGACUCUACGAUGCUUCAGACCCGAAGGGAGAAUAUACCUACGAUAUCUUCAAAGAACAGACUAUCGAUGUGCUGUCUACAGGAAAUCACGAAUUAUACCAGGCAGAUGCUGCUCAGAGAGAGUACGAGAAGACCGUGCCAAACUUCAAGGGGAAUUAUUUGGCAUCAAAUUUGGAUUAUAUAAACCCGAAGACCGGACAGGCAAUUCCAAUGGCACAACGUUUUCGCAAGUUCACCACCAAGAACCAAGGUAUAAGAGUUCUUGCCUUUGGGUUCUUGUUUGAUUUUACUGGAAAUGCAAACAAUACUGUCGUACAGCCGGUGGAAAAGACGAUCGAAGAGAAAUGGUUUCAAGAUGCUAUUAGAGAGGAUGUGGAUUUGUUCUUGGUUGCAGGUCACGUCACUCCUCGUGGACCAGAAUACAAGGCGAUUUAUAAGGCGAUCAGAAGCCAAAAAUGGGAUACACCUAUCCAAUUCUUCGGGGGUCACAGUCAUAUUCGAGACUUCACAAAAUACGAUUCCAAGGCAUAUGGCUUACAGAGUGGAAGGUAUAUGGAGACCAUCGGGUGGCUCUCUAUUGAUGGAAUUAAGGGGAAGGGGAAGAACAAGAACCCCAAGGAAGUUGAGAAAGAAGCCAGCUACAAUGUGCAGCGAAGAUACAUCGACAACAAUCUGUACGGCUACUAUUACCACACCGGCUUAAACGAGUCAACUUUCCCAACCGAGCACGGCAAAAAUGUAUCGGGCUUCAUCCACGAAGCCAGAAAAUCGUUGAAGCUAGAUUACAACUAUGGCUGCGCACCAAAAGACCUCUGGCUCAACAGAGCUCCAUAUCCCAGCAAUGAUAGUCUUCUCACCUGGCUAGAGAACGAAGUCAUGCCCGACAUCGUUGUCAGCAAAGAGCGAAAAGGUGUCCCCACCCUGGCUAUCACCAACAGCGGCGCCAUGAGAUUCGAUAUUUUCAAAGGAAGUUUCUCUCGCGAUACAACAUACAUCAUCUCCCCAUUCGUCAGCAAACUCAACUACAUCAAAGACGUCCCCUACAAAUCAGCAAAGGGUCUUCUCAAACUCCUCAACAACAAUGGGCCUAUCUUUUCCACUUCUGGUCUCCAUACCUCACAGUUAGCUCCGCCUGAACAGUUGUCAAUCCUCACCGAUGUCAUCGCUCCUACCCAUUCAGCACAGGAUGUCUACACUUCCGACUCCGCUCAAGCUCCACUUCUCUCCUCCACCUCACCUGAUCUCAUUCCCGGCUACACAACGAAAGACGAUGGCGGCGGCGACGGAGACGAUACUCUCCACGCGCCUAUAUCCUUCUAUCAAGUCCCCAACUGCAUCCAGAGCCCGAUUUCAUUCCCCGCAUCAGGCGACCCUGAAAAGGUGGAUGUCGUGUUUGUUGAUUUCAUCCAGCCGUGGGUUCUGCUGGCGUUGCAGUUUUCUGGUGAGGGGUAUACGAGUGAUGAUGUGGAGGUUUAUAGUGACGAGACGCUGACGGAUAUGAUGGCUGGAUGGAUUAAGAAGAAUUGGGGGCAGGAUUGUUAG